AUGGGAUCUGUGCUUAUUCCCCCGUCUCAGACAAUCUCUCCAGCUAUCUUCUACUGGGGCACACCAGUGGUUUUGAUUACCACCGAAAAUGAAGACGGAACAUUCAACAUCGCGCCCAUGUCCUCGGCAUGGUGGCUCGGAAAUCGAUGCAUGCUUGGAUUAGGAGCAAUUUCGCAAACUACGAUCAAUCUGAUUCGAACAAAACAAUGUGUUCUCAAUCUUGCGUCAAACGGCAUGGAAGAAGCCGUUAAUGCUCUUGCGAAAACAACCGGCGCGGCAGGAGUUACAACUGCCGCUGAAGACACUGGUUAUCUGUACUUCAAACGCAUGAAUGGAUACAAAUUUGUGCACGAUAAAUUUGGACAUUCCGGACUGACACCCACUCCAUCCGAUCUGAUUCGACCUGCGCGCAUUGCCGAAUGCCCAGCUCAGAUGGAGGCCGAGCUGAAGGGUGUAUAUGAGAUGAUGCAAGACGCAGAUACGAAAGGACUUAUCGCACUGGAAGUCAAGGUUGUUCGGACGCAUGUUCACGACGACAUCCGAAUGACUGGACAUGCAAAUCGGAUCGAUCCCGAUAAAUGGCAUCCGUUAAUUAUGAGUUUUCAGGAACUAUACGGACUGGCUCCUAAAAAGGCUUCUCAUUCAAGGCUUGCGCAAAUCAAUGAAGAAGGAUAUAGGCCAUUCUCGAAUCGGGUGGAGGAAGUGGAAAAUGCGAAACAGGAAUCUUGA